UCGCUUUUAUUAAUGAUGGGCAGAGCGUUGUUACAUGCAUGUUCCUAUAAUUCGGUUUGGUCAAUCUCAACUGUAGUAUGAUGGGCCGGGCCGAGCCGAAUCAAUCUACUACUACACUAGGGGUAGGAGGACUAGGGAAGUCAGUAGCCGAGAGUUGGACACGUCAGCGUCAUCUUCUUCUCCUUCUUGCCCUGCUCCUCCAUCGCCGCCGCCCACGGUCCACCGGCGAUCGAUCGAAGAAGAAGAAGAAGAAGAGUAUGACCACCAUCACCAGUAGCAGCUCCAGUAAUACUAGUGCUUCGUUGCUACAACGCUGUCAGUACAGACCCCUUCCUCUCUGGCCCCGGCCCCAACACCCCUCCUCUAUUCGUUGUUGCUGCAUCCGCAUCCUCAUCCUCAUCCUCGCAAUGCUCCAACGACGACCACAGUAGCCGAGAGUUGGACACGUCAUCGUCAUCUUCUUCUUCUUCUUGCUCUGCCCCUCCUCCACCGGCGACCGAUCGAAGAAGAAGAGUAUGACCACCAUCACCACCAGUAGCAGCUCCAGUAAUACUAGUAGUGCUUCAUUGCUACGACGCUGUCAGUACAGACGGCCCCAAUUCUUCUUCCUCUCCGGCCCCGGCCCCAACACCCCUACUCCUCUACUUGUUGCAUCCGCAUGGACCGCAUCCUCAUCCUCGCUAUGCUCCAAAGACGACCACAGGCUCCUCGCUCUGCUGCGCGCCGGACACACCGACGCCGCCUACCACCUCCUAGCCUCCAACCCCUCCCUCCCGGACUCCCCUGUCUCCGCCUCCCGCCUCCUCGCCCAGCUCUCCUACCAAGGAUCGUCCCGCGCAGCCACCCUCCUCCACCGCCUCCGCGCCCGCGGGGCACUCCACCUCCUCGACGCCAACUCCCUCUCCCUCGCCGCCUCCGCCGCCGCCCGCUCCAACAACCCCCACCUCGCCUAUUCCCUCCUCAUCUCAAUGCUCCGCCGGGGCCUCCUCCCCGACCGCCGCGCCUACACCGCCGCCCUCGCGCGCCUCCCCCCUGCCCGCGCGCUCCGCCUCUUCGACGCCGUCCUCCACCACCUCCGCCGAGCCCCCGACGACCGCACCACCUCUCUCCCCGACACCGCAGCCUUCAACGCCGCACUCAGCGCCUGCGCCGACGCAGGAGAUUGCACCCGCUUCCGCCACCUGUUCGACCAGAUGCCCACAUGGAGCGCGCCACCCGACGCGCUCACCUACAAUGUCGUCAUCAAGAUGUGCGCGCGCGCCGGCCGCAAGGACCUCGUCGCGCGCCUGCUCGAGCGGAUCCUCUCCUCCGGCCUUGCCCCCUGCGCCACCACGUUCCACUCCCUCGUCGCCGCCUACGUCGGCCUCGGCGACAUCCCUACAGCGGAGAGGAUCGUGCAGGCCAUGCGCGAACGCCGCACCGACAUCUGCUUGCUGUUCCGGGCGGUCGCAGCUGAAGCAGACCACCAAAUUAUCAGCGGCGAGCAGCAGCAGAUGCAGAGCUCUGUUCUGGACGACAUCGUCGUCAAGCCGUCAGAAGAAGAGGAGACGGCGGUGCCGCUGCUGCCCAAGGCGUACCCGCCCAACUCGCGGGUGUACACCACCCUCAUGAAGGGGUACAUGAACGCCGGCCGCGUGGAGGACGUGGUGGCCAUGAUGCGCGCGAUGCAGCGAGAGGGAGAGACGGCGCCGGCCAGCCGCCCCGACCACGUCACGUACACGACGGUGAUAUCGACGCUGGUGGCGGCCGGGGACAUAGAGCGGGCGCGCGCCGUGCUGGAGGAGAUGGAGCGAGCAGGGGUGGCGGCCAGCCGCGUGACAUACAACGUCCUCAUGAAGGGCUACUGCCAGCAGCUGCAGGUGGGCAGGGCCAGGGAGCUGCUCGCCGUCGACAUGGCCGAGGCGGGCAUCGAGCCCGACGUGGUGACGUACAACACACUGAUCGACGGGUGCGUGCUGACGGACGACAGCGCGGGCGCGGUGGCGCUGUUCAACGAGAUGCGGGGGAGGGGCAUCGCGCCGUCGGCGGUGAGCUACACGACGCUGAUGAAGGCGUUCGCGGCGUCGGGGCAGCCGAAGGUGGCGCACAAGGUGUUCGAGGAAAUGGAGAAGGACCCGCGGGUGGCGGUGGACCGGGCAGCGUGGAACAUGCUGGUGGAGGCGUACUGCCGGGAGGGCCAGGUGGAGGCGGCGAAGAAGGUGGUGGAGAGGAUGAGGGCGCGGGGAGUGCAGGCGGACGUGGCGACGUACGGCAGCCUGGCGAAGGGGAUCGCGGUGGCGCGGAGGCCGGGGGAGGCGCUGCUGCUGUGGGAGGAGAUAAAGAGGAAGAGGAAGGAGGUGGAGGUGGACGGGGAGGUGCUGGAGGCGCUGGCGGACGUGUGCGUGCGGGCGGCGCUGUUCCGGAAGGCGCUGGAGAUCGUGGCGCGGAUGGAGGAGAUGGGGCUGGAGGCGAACAAGGGCAAGUACAAGAGGAUGUACGUGGAGCUGCACUCGCGCAUGUUCACCAGCAAGCACGCGUCGCAGGCCAGGCAGGAUCGCCGCCGGGAGAGGAAGCGCGCCGCCGAGGCCUUCAAGUUCUGGCUCGGCCUCCCCAACUCCUACUACGCCACCGACUGGCGCCUUCAGGACCAUGACUGACACGCAUAUACUCCCCACUAUACUGUAUGCUACUAAUGCGAAAUCUUAACAUAUUUUUUCUACUUAUUACAUGAUGAAAAAAACGUAGUGUCAGAAUUUUACCAGUUUGACAAAAUUCUUGUUCUAAACGACAUAUUUUUUUAUUUAAGCAAAUAUUAGGAAUCAACUUCCAUGCUCUUAAAGAAUGGAGUUUUAAGAAAUGAUCUGAGAAGGCCUAAAGGCAAGGGGUUUCUUUUGAGGGAGCAGAGAGCUUCUC